AUGUAUACUAAUCUGAUAGAAUAAAGAAUUAUAAUAUCAAAAUCAUCACAUAUUUAAAAAUAGACAAUAGGCAGAAAUUAUGACGCAGCAUCAAAUUUUUAUUUUGAAUUUUUAUUUACAUCACAGAAUCAUUUUAUGUUUUUUCAUUUUAUCACAGUUGCUUAGUUGAUUAUUCUUAUUCAUCAAGGUACAGCAAACUGGAUGCUAAUUGAAAAAAGUUUUUCAGACAUAAUAAUUGGAAGCAAUAAUUGGUAAUUUAGAAACAGUUGUUCUGAAAUUUUUCCUGCUUUAUUUUAAUAAUCCACUUGUAGUGAGAAUUAACAAAAAUAUGUAAAGUUAGACGAUAAUAUAAGAUAUUUAUACAAAUCAUUUGAUUAUAAGUGUUUUCAAGCUCAAGUAAUAUUUGAUGUCUUUUAUGAUGAUGCUGAUGAUAUUAAUGAGUCAUAAUUAAUUGUUAGCUAUGAUGACAACAAAAUUUUAGAAGCUGAUUAACAACUGUAUUAACGAUAUUACAAAUAAUCUGAUUUAAUCUAGAACAGUGCUCGAAUUUGUCAUAGUACUUUAAGUAAUUUUGAAUUCCAUACAAUAGUAAGUACUAUUGCUAAUUCUAACACUAACUAUUUUAAAAUAAAAUUUUGUUUUACACCUUAAAAUACUGAUAUGAAGAUAAGCAUUAAAAAUUUAUUGAUAUAUGUGAACACUUGCCAUCCAACUUGUUUAACUUGUAAUGGUCCUACAGAAACAUAAUGUUUAUCAUGUUAUUAUGGUAGUGUAAAUGGAGGGAAAUGUAUGUGUUAUUGGGAUCAAUAAUUUUCUGAAACUUUUAUAGGUUGCAGGCAAGAAUGUAGUAGAGAUUAUUCAAUUGCGCGUUUUGAUAAAAUAUGUGUGAUUGAUAACAGAAUUAAAUAAAAAUUUACUUUGUUCCAAAAUACAAACAUACUUAAUUCUAAUCAAAGAUAUUUUCCUUUGAUUUUUUAAAAAGAUGAAUUUUAUUCAAAAGGUAAUACAGAUUUAAUUUAUGACGAUUGUGAUGGACAUGAUUUUGUUGGAAUGUUGCAAUUUAAUGAAGGAAUGAUAUACUAAAUGAAUCUUGAAAAUGCUGUGAAAUUUAUUAGAAUUAGGAUAACAUUUUAUUUGUUUAAUUUUCAAUAGGCAAGCAUCAUAGAAAUUUUGCACAAUAAUCAAAUUCAAUCCAGAAUAAUAAAAUAAUAAUCUGGUUUCUAGGUUGAAAAUUCUGUGAAAAUAUUUUAGAACAAUCAAGUUUGUUAGGGUAAUUUUUAUACUUUGUUAAGGAUAGAGAUGACUUUUUAAUUAUAUAAUCCAAAUCCAACUAUUUUAAUUUAAGGUUAAAUUCAAUCUGAGUCAGAAUCUUGGGGAUUUAGAAAUAUUACUGUAGACAUAGGUUUUUGUUAAGAAAAUUGUUCAAUAUGUUUGGAUUUCUCAACUUGUUCAUAGUGUUAUACGCCAUAUUAAUUAUAUAAAAAGAGAUGUGUUUAAACCUGUCCUGUUCAUUCAUCAAAUUGUAUUGAUUAUGAGGAUAUCGUUCCAUGUAAAUUAUUAAUUAAAUUAUUUUAGAUUCUAGAUAUCUUGCCAAAGGAUUUUAUGAUUUGAAUAUGACGCUUGAAGAAAUUGGAUCAUUUUAUGAAAUUACAACAGAUCCAUCAUUUAGUUUAUCAACAAGCUAAAAAUUUUCUUUUUUCAAUAAUAAAAUAGUUUUAGGGGGUCUAUUAGUAUGGAAUGAUGGUUCAUAUAUCAAAACAUGGACUAUACUAAAUCCUCAUUAUGCAGCCUCUAUAUAUUUUAAUUUGACUUAUGGAGAUGAUUAUACUGGAUAAUUUUUUUAUAAAAUUGCUGAUUCUUCAAGCAGUGAUUGGUAAGGACCUUUUAGUAAUCCUGGAGGAGGAUAUAAUUUGAUUGGUCGAACUGGUCUUGAAAGCACUAGGCAUUUUAAUGUUAGUUUAGCAAACUUUUAUUCUAAUAAUCUUUACGUUGAAUUUAAAUGUGAUGUUGAAAAUGCAAAUAUAACAUAAGGAUUUUGUGCAAUAUCUGAAUACUUUAUUGUUAUUCAUUAUGUAUAUUAUUUAUUAUUAUAAUCAAGUGUCCUCCUUUUUGCUCUAGCUGUUCAAGGUUAACUGAAUGUUCAGAUACAGGCUAUACAGGCUCAUAUUGUGAAAGUAAUUAAUAUUUAGAUUUUAAUACAUCAACUGAAAUUUAUAGCUGUAAAGAUUGUAAUUAACCUGGAUGUAAUACAUGUACAAGUUUAGAAGAAUGUACCUAAUGUGUUAGUAAUUAAUUUUAUUUGACGAAUGGAAUUUGUUUAUGCAAUCCAUUUACAUUCUUAUCAGAAAAUACUUGUAUUGAAUGCAAUAAAUAUUGUGAAAAUUGUUAUGGUAAUUCACAAUCUCAUUGCCUCACUUGUGUAAAAGAUUAUUAUAGAGGUAUUCAAAGACAUUAAUGUUUAUGUUUACCUGGAUACUAUGAUGAUCUAAUAAAUUUACCGUGUCUUCCUAUAUGUGGAGAUUUAUUAAUAGUAGAAGGAGAAGAUUGUGAUGAUGGUAAUAAUAAUCCAUUUGAUGGAUGCCAUAAUUGUAAAUUUAGUUGUAAUUUCGCAUGUGAUAUCUGUUUAAAUGGAAAAUGUUAUUAAUGUAAAAGUGGAUAUGAAGUUCAUAAUAAUGAUUGUAGAUCUGUAUGCUUAGAAAAUACGAUUACAUUACUCUAAUAAUGUAAUGAGGAGAAAAAAAACUGUAUUAAUUGUUAAUAUGAAUGCUCUACUAAUUGUUUGGAUUGCUGUUUUGGAAGUUGUGUUUAAUGUAAUGAGAAACUAGGAUGGUACAUUUAAAUAGAUGGAACAUGUAAUUCAAUUUGUGGAGAUGGAAUUGUAGCUAAUUUAGCAGAAAUGUGUGAUGAUGGAAAUGCAAAUCCCUUUGAUGGUUGUCAUUAAUGUUAAUUUUCUUGUGAUCAAUUUUGUCAUACCUGUCACAAUUCUUUGUGUAUUUUUUGUUAAAUUGGUUAUAAAUUAAUAAAGAAUAAAUGCAUUCCAUAAUGCAAUGAUGGCCUAUUAGUAUUUCCUGAAUUAUGCGAAGAUGGAAAUAAAACUCAAUUUGAUGGUUGUUUCAAUUGCCAAUUUUAAUGUUCAAAUCAUUGCAUAGAUUGCUAAUUUGGUAUUUGUUAUUAAUGCAAUGAAUUUAACGGUUGGUAUUUAUAAUAAGAUGGAUCCUGCAAGAGUAUAUGUGGAGAUAAUCUAUUAGUUUUUGAAGUUGAAGAAUGUGAUGAUGAUUAUCCUGAAAGUCUUUGUAAAUAAUGUUAAAUUACUUGUGAUAUCAAUUGUUUAUAAUGUUAUAAGGGAACCUGCAUAUUUUGUAUUUAAGGUUAUAAAUGGGAUUUCUCAUUAUAAUAAUGUGUUAUGGCUUGUGGAGAUAGUGUAUUUUUCAAUUAAAAUAAUGUUUGUGAAGAUGGAAAUAAUCAAUUAGAGGAUGGAUGCUAUUAGUGUUAAUUCAAUUGUUAACAAUCAUGCACUUUAUGCACUUCGAAUGGAUGUUUAUAAUGUAAUACUGAAGGAUGGAAAUUGGAUGAUUUAUCAAACAAAUGUGAAACUAUUUGUGGUGAUGGAAUUACUGUAAAAUAUUAUGAAGAAUGUGAUGAUUUAAUAGAUUAAAAUUGUUUCUAAUGUAAAUAUAGUUGUUAGGAUUCUUGCUUAAUUUGUUACAAAGGGGAUUGUUUAUCAUGCAAAAAAGGAUGGAUUGUAACAUUAGACAAGAAAUGUCAUUCAUUUAUAGGAGAUUCUUUUGUAGUUGGUGAUGAAUAGUGUGAUGAUCAUAAUUCAAUAAUGUAUGAUGGUUGUUAUCUUUCCUAAUACUAAUGUUAAAAAUCAUGUAUAAUAUGUUAAUUUGGGAUAUGUAUCAAGUGUACGGAUGGAAAUUAAAAUAUUGCUGGUAAAUGCCUUGAAAUUUUGAAUGAUGGGUAUAUUACAGGAAAUGAGCAAUGUGAUGAUAAGAAUUUAAUAGCACAAGAUGGGUGCUUUCAUGGAUAAUUUGAUUGUCCUAGAGAAUGUGAGUAUUGUUAUCAAGGCUAAUGUAUAAAAUGUUAUACAGAAGCAAAUUAAUUAGAUUUACUUAAUAAUUAAUGCAUAUCAUUAUGCGUAGAUGGAUAUUUAUCAAAUUAUGCUUAUUGCGAUGAUCCUUAUUAUGAAUGUAGUUAGUAUUGUGAUACUUGUAAAAGUGGUGUUUGUACUUAAUGUUAAAUUGGUUAUUACUUAGAUAAAUAAAAAAAUACCUGUUAUAGUAUCUGUGGAGAUGGAAUUUUAUCCCAUGAUGAAUAAUGUGAUAAUGGUGAUUCAUUUUCUGAUUAAUAAUGUGUGAAUUGUAAAUUAUUAUGUUAAGCAUAUUGCACAACAUGUGUUAAUGGAGCAUGUUUUUAAUGUAUUUCAUUAGGAUGGUAAUUGAAUGUUAUGAAUAGAAACUGUUAACCUAUUUGUGGUGAUUAAUUAGUUUUAGGGAACGAAUAAUGUGAUGAUGGAAACAAUAUAGAUGAUGAUGGAUGCGAUAAUUGCUAUUUUUAAAUUUAAAAGGAAUGCAGUCUAUAUGAAAAAGGAUAAUGCCGUGCUUGUGAUGUUAAAGGAUGGGAACUUACUAUUAAUAGAUGCACUCCAAUAUGUGGAGAUUAAUUAAUUUUAGGUACAGAAGAAUGUGAUGAUGGUAAUAUGAUUCCUUAUGAUGGAUGUUACGAAUGCAAAUUUUCAUGUGAAGAAUAAUGUACUUUAUGUGAAAAUGGAAUUUGUAAAGCUUGCAUCAAACCAGGGUGGAUUCUUAACUAAUAUAAUAUUUGCACAACUUAAUGUGGGGAUGGCAUUGUUAUUGAUGCAUAUGAGUAGUGUGAUGAUGGAAAUGAUAUUCAAUAUGAUGGUUGUUAUUAGUGUGAAUUUUCAUGUUAUGAAGGCUGUAUUGAAUGUUAAUAAUAAUAAUGUAAGAAAUGUGAUUAUUAGUAUCAAUUGGAUAUUAAAUCAUCUAAAUGUUUAAAGAAAAAUAAUUAAGAUGAUAAUAAUAAUGAUUAAGUAAUUGAUAUGUAGGUGAUGCAAUUAACAAAUCUGAGAUGUGGAGAAAAUCAAAUGUUAAUUGAUCAUGUAUGUAUUAAUUAGUGUGGUAAUGGAAUAUUAAUUAACUAAUAUGAAGAAUGCGAUGAUGGAAAUAAUUAUGGAGGAGAUGGGUGUUCUAAUUUAUGUUUAAUUGAAGAUUCGUAUCAAUGUAUGAACUAGCAAGGCUCAUUAAGUUUAUGUACAUAUAUUCUAGCUCCUGAAUUUAAUUUAAAUAUUCUAUCAGACAACACUGAAUAAACUCAAAUUGUUGAGUUAACUUUUACUUAAUAAGUUAAAUUAAAAUAAGCAGUAAGUUUAGAAGAAAUCAUUGUGUUUACUAUUAUUCCAUCAACUCGAUAUAAUUUAAUCACAAGCAGCAUUUUAAAUUUAACAAAUACCUUAGGCAAUCCUAAAUAUUAAAUUUAAAUUGAAUUUAUAGAACCUACAUAAUAUCCAAUUUUACAAGUUGACAUUCAAAAAAAUAUUAUAUUUAAUUAAUAUGAAUUAAGCUUAUAGAAUCAUAACAAAACUAUUAAUCUUGGCACACCAUUUGUACUCUCAGAAAAAACUUAAUAACAAGUAACAUCCAUCGCUUAAUUAAAUGAUGUUAUGAUGUAUUCAAUGGCUGGGGUAUCAAGUUUGGCUUUGCUCUCUGGAAAUGCAGUCAUUUUUUUUAAUUUAUUAGAGCUAUUAUAAUCAUUAUCAUAUGUGAGAUAUAUGCAAUGUAAAUUUCCACCAAAUCUGAAUUAUUUUUUAAAUACUUAUACUAAAAUCUCAAUGCAACCUAUUUUUGAUUAUUUAAAAGUUGAUUAAGUAUUGGAAAAAUUAAAUGGAGGAAGUAAAUAAAAUUAAGUAACUAAAAAGACGCUCGAAGACCAUAACAUAAUUUUCAAAUAACCUUAUUUGUUUAAUGCUAAGAGUUGUUAUUUUUCAGUAUUUUCAUCUGCACUAACUUAUCUUAUUUAUUGCUAAUUAUCCUCUCUAAGCAUAGAAAAUAUUUUAGAAAAACUUUUCUUCAAAUAUUAAAAAAGUAAUAAAAUCAUGAAAUUCAUAAAUAUUUUUUAACGUAAGGUACAGAAAAUGUCUUUAAAAGAAAAAAAAGAAUAUUUUUCAAAUGGAAUAUUUAAAAUGUAUUUUGCAAUUCUUCAUUAAUUUAUGUUUAGUGCAAUUUUAUAAUUUCCAAAUUACAAAUUUGAUUCAUUGUUUUCAAUUUUUAACAGUAUUAAUGCUAUUUUAGGAUUAAUUUUUAUUGCUACAACUAAUUUAUAGUUGCUUUAAAUUACAACAGUUAAAAUAAAAAAUAAAUUGAAAUGGAAAUAUUUUUACAACGAGGCUAAAAAUGAAUUUUGGGCAGGUUAAUUUAGGUCUUUUUAAAUUUACAGAAUCUUUUCUUAUAUAUUCACAAUUGUAAAAUUAAGAAACUAUCCAGAAGCCUAAUCAAUCUUGCUAUCAAUUCAAUCAUUAUUGUUCUUCAUUUACAUGAUCAAAUUUAAGCCAUUAAAAUCUCCAUUUGAACUUUACAAGCUCAUUUGUAGGGAAUUUUUAUUAAUGAUCAUUUCAGGAACAUUUUUAGUUUAUAGUUUUAAAUUAAGUUAAGAUAAUUUUAUCCAGAUUGGUUGGAUUCAUAUUGGCAUGUUUUCCACUAUCAUGGCUUCUAAUUUAUUUAUUGAUUUAUUUUAAUAACUCUUGAAAGUAUAUGAUAAUUAUUUGUAAAAGAAAACUAAAUAGAAAAUUAAAGAGGAGAGAGAAUAUCAAUUCAAGCAUUUAUAAGGAUUUUAAAUUAAUAAAAAUGAUUUCUAAUAAUAGAUAUGA